UUCAAUAUUCAAGGAACCAAUUUCUAGAUUCAAGAAACCAAAUUUUGUGCAAGGAAGAUAUGGGUGGAAUUGUGUAUCAGUACCGCUCUGUGCUUCACUUUCCUACAUUCUCAUCUUUCAGCAAGCAGCCCAAGCUUGGAAAAUCCAUUUUCUCCAUUAGAGACAUUGCAGAUGUGUCUUCAACGUUUGAGAGGAAGGGGGUGAAGUUAAGUGUGUCCUGCGUUGGAAGUGAGGAUGGCAACAGAAGAGGUCAGUCUUCUAGGAGAAGUUCAGGUUCGGGAAGAACAACAAGGAAGAAUGAUGAUGAGAGUAGGAAACCUCGAGGUGGGAGAAAGUCCAAGUCAUCUAACCAGGAAGAGAUCAUCUCAUUGUUCAGAAGGAUACAGUCUUCGAUAUCGAAGGAAGUGGAGUCUGUAGAUACUAAGAAGAUAAAGUCUGAUGCAUCGGAAGAGAAGCCGCCCUCUGCUGCGUCAAUUCUUAGUGUUCUUCAGGGUGGAACAAUAAAACAAACAGAAGAAGCAAACCAAGGAGAAAAGGUUGAUACGAAAGAGCAGCAAAUAUUACAGGCUAAUCCAUUAGUAGCAGACUUCAAAUUGACUCGGCCAUCAUCCAAAUUUGUGAAGAGAUCUCCAAUUCCUUCAUCAUCACACAUGUCACGCCAGCCAGGAGAUCUUGAUAUCAAACAUGGAGCAUCACUUACCCCUCCUGCAACCAAGGAGUUGGAGUUGGAAAGAGUAGAAGAAAUGAAACUCCCUGAGCUGAAAGAGCUUGCAAAGUCUAGAGGCUUGAGAGGUUACUCAAAACUCAAGAAGAGGGAACUCGUGGAAUUGUUGAAGUCCUAGAACAAUGUAAUCUGAAGACAUCAUUAUCGUAACUGCUGAUCACUUGCAAGCUUAUGUAUCAAACUCUAACAAGCAAUCCACUUCUGGAUGCAACUGACUUCUGAAUGCAAAUUUGAUUGAGGUAAUUAACCUCUACGGCUCUACUAUGUCUCAUAUGAUUAGUGUGAAGACAGAUCCUAGCUUAUCUGUUUUAUGGAGUGUGAGUAGA